AGGCUCUGCAAGAGAAGGGAAAGUGAAACUACAAUUCAAUAUUAAGGGAGGGAGUAUACAAGGAUCAUCGGAGGAUCCCUACAUUGAGGAUACAUUUGAUGGAAAUCGAACGAGAGGCACCAUGAACUCAGGGUUGUGUCUGAGGGUGCUGAUACUGGUUGCUCUCACAGUACCCAUCAGAGCAGCUCAACCUGCCCCGGUGACGUUCACCUUAACUGUCCCUGAUGGUCCAACCUCGACCCUGUCUGGCUCCUCGGUCUCUCUACUCUGUGAAGUCUCACCUCUCUUCAAUGCAGAGCCAUUGGAGGUGCGCUGGUACCGUUCCAGUAACUUCCACAGUCCUGCCUUGUUGUACAAAGAUCACAAGAUCCAGGAGGCCCCUGUGGACCCCCAGUAUAGGGGCAGGGUGUCUCUAACUGGGGGGCUGGAGAGAGGGAAUGUGUCCCUGAGACUGGAGAGGGUCACACAGGAAGACAGGGGGGAGUAUAUAUGCCGAGUCACCAGUGACCAGUGGUAUGAAAAGGCCAGUGUCUUCCUCACAGUGAAUGUGACAGGUAGUGAACCAGUUCUCUCUGUAGCUGAAGGACGAGGAGGAGGAGGUCAGGUGAACGUUACCUGUUCAUCAGUGGGCUGGUCACCACAACCUAAACUCACCUGGAGAAACAAAGAUGGGACAGAGAUCAUAAAUGGACAAGAAGUACUCAACACUUCUGAUCCUCAGGGCUUGGUGAGUGUCAGUAGUUGGCUGCUGUAUGCUCCCUCAUACUCCAAUUGGCUCUCCUGUACAGUCUCUUCGUCUGAGGAGGCGAAGAGAGAGGGCAGAAUUCUGCCACAUAUAUACACAGCUCCUACAGCUGUACCUGGAGUCUCCAAAGAAGCCUUCAUUGUGACUCUGGUCCUGUUGGUCCUGUUUCUGUUCAUCGGUGCUCUGUGCUCUGUCAUUCUGUACAAACGAAGAGGGUCCAUGUGGUCUUCAUCCCAAAAGUCCAGAAACAGUUCAGAGACAAAAAACCUAAUUGAAGGGGCAGAAAACACAGUGCCGAAACCUACCGAACAGAUGGCCUCUGGAAAAGAAGUUAAUCUGGCAGGGGCAGAAAACUCAGUGCCGAAACCUACCGAACAGAUGGCCGCUGGAAAAGAAGUUAAUCUGGCAGCAGAGACAAAAAACCUAGUUGAAGGGGCAGAAAACUCAGUGCCGAAACCUACCGAACAGAUGGCCGCUGGAAAAGAAGUUAAUCUGGCAGAGACAAAAAACCUAGUUGAAGGGGCAGAAAACACAGUGCCGAAACCUACCGAACAGAUGGUCACUGGAAAAGAAGUUAAUCUGGCAGGGGCAGAAAACACAGUGCCGAAACCUACCGAACAGAUGGUCACUGGAAAAGAAGUUAAACUGCCAGGGGCAGAAAACUCAGUGCCGAAACCUACCGAACAGAUGGCCGCUGGAAAAGAAGUUAAUCUGGCAGCAGAGACAACAAACCUAGUUGAAGGGGCAGAAAACACAGUGCCGAAACCUACCGAACAGAUGGUCACUGGAAAAGAAGUUAAUCUGGCAGCAGAGACAACAAACCUAGUUGAAGGGGCAGAAAACACAGUGCCGAAACCUACCGAACAGAUGGUCACUGGAAAAGAAGUUAAUCUGGCAGCAGAGACAAAAAACCUAGUUGAAGGGGCAGAAAACUCAGUGCCGAAACCUACCGAACAGAUGGCCGCUGGAAAAGAAGUUAAUCUGGCAGCAGAGACAACAAACCUAGUUGAAGGGGCAGAAAACACAGUGCCGAAACCUACCGAACAGAUGGUCACUGGAAAAGAAGUUAAUCUGGCAGGGGCAGAAAACACAGUGCCGAAACCUACCGAACAGAUGGUCACUGGAAAAGAAGUUAAUCUGCCAGGGGCAGAAAACUCAGUGCCGAAACCUACCGAACAGAUGGCCGCUGGAAAAGAAGUUAAUCUGGCAGCAGAGACAAAAAACCUAGUUGAAGGGGCAGAAAACACAGUGCCGAAACCUACCGAACAGAUGGUCGCUGGAAAAGAAGUUAAUCUGGCAGGGGCAGAAAACUCAGUGCCGAAACCUACCGAACAGAUGGCCGCUGGAAAAGAAGUUAAUCUGGCAGGGGCAGAAAACACAGUGCCGAAACCUACCGAAAAGAUGGCCGCUGGAAAAGAAGUUAAUCUGGCAGGGGCAGAAAACUCAGUGCCGAAACCUACUGAACCGAUGGCCGCUGGAAAAGAAGUUAAUCUGGCAGGGGCAGAAAACUCAGUGCCGAAACCUACCGAACAGGUGGCCGCUGGAAAAGAAGUUAAUCUGGCAGGGGCAGAAAACUCAGUGCCGAAACCUACCGAACAAAUGGCCGCUGGAAAAGAAGUUAAUCUGGCAGUGGCAGAAAACUCAGUGCCGAAUCCUACCGAACAGAUGGCCGCUGGAAAAGAAGUUAAUCUGGCAGCAGAGACAAAAAACCUAGUUGAAGGGGCAGAAAACACAGUGCCGAAACCUACCGAAAAGAUGGACGCUGGAAAAGAAGUUAAUCUGGCAGGGGCAGAAAACACAGUGCCGAAACCUACCGAACAGAUGGUCACUGGAAAAGAAGUUAAUCUGGCAGAGACAAAAAACCUAAUUGAAGGGGCAGAAAACUCAGUGCCGAAACCUACCGAACAGAUGGCCGCUGGAAAAGAAGUUAAUCUGGCAGGGGCAGAAAACACAGUGAACACUCCUACCAAACACAUAGCAUCUGGUAAAGAAGUUAAUCUGAAAGGUCAAAUUAUAUAGGUGGAAAAAAUGCGUUACCCUCUGAAUUGUAUAAUUUACAGUGAAUGCAUUGUUUAUAAAACUAAUUCUGCUGACGUGUUGGAGUGCAUUUAACCAUUUAUAAUUUAUACAUUUAUACAACUUUUGGAGCAAUUGAAAUACAAGACACUCACAAUUUACUUUUUUCA